AUGGACUCCAAAGAAUCGUUUGGCCAAGACAGCCAAGCUCACGAAGCUUCCCCUCCUCAACCACACCAGCAUCCUCCUCCUCCACCGCAGCCACAAGCUCCUCCUCUACAGGGCAACUCCAGCGACACAUUCGUGUGUCAGUGGGUUGGGUGCGGCGAACGCUCGGCCAACGCUGAGACCCUCUACGAGCAUGUCUGCGAUCGUCAUAUUGGACGCAAAAGCACCAACAACCUCAACCUACAAUGCGCAUGGGGUAAUUGUCAUGUGGCCGUUGUCAAACGCGACCACAUUACCUCUCACAUCCGAGUGCAUGUUCCCUUGAAACCACAUCGGUGCGAAUUCUGCGGGAAAGCAUUCAAACGACCACAGGAUCUCAAGAAACACGUCAAGACCCAUGCAGAUGAUUCUGUGAUUGUGGGAAAUCAGGGUAACCGCCCCAACGUAGGAGGAAAUCAGCCGAAUGUAGGCCAGAAUGGCUACGGCAAUGGUGUCCAAAACAAACCACAGUUGAUGGCUGACUUGCAAGCCGUUGCUUCAACAGCUGCGAACUAUUUCCCAGAUCAACAGAUGCAUGGUGGCAUGCCCAUGAAUUAUGGUCCACAAGGCCACGGCGGCAAUGGAGCUCAGGGUUUCUUUGGCCCUGCCCCUCCACAGCAAGCUUACACGUAUGGCAACGUCUCGUACGCCAAUCACAAUGCAGAGGGUGCAAAUCAAGCCAAUCUAGAAUCGGUGAAGCACGGCCUCGACAUUCUCCGCAAGCUUUUCCCAGAACACCAACGUGGAGAUUUUGACCCUAGAUCUUAUUCACAGGUCGAACAGCGAAUUGCAGCGCUGCAGAAUCUCCAGCUUCCUUUCCUUUCUCAGCCAAUGAUGGCACCAGCUCAGGCUGUUACCGCUGGCGGCGGUAGUGGCGGCGACGACCCUUACGGCCCAGGACAGUAUGCCCUACCUCCGAUGGAUAAUCUGCGUACCAAGAACGAUCUUCUUAACCUGGAUCAAUUAGUCGCUACGAUGCAAAGCACUAUCUAUGAAAAUCCAAACGAGCUCGCCGCAGCAGGCUUCGCUCAGCCUGGUGGUCAUUACGUCCCUGCUACUAUGAACUACCAGCCAAACAAUGGUAAUGGCCUUCAACUACCACCUGCACAUAACGCACCAGCUGCAACACCUUCGUCUCAUCACAGUGCCACUCCAACGUUGACCCCACCGUCCAGUGCAGCCUCAAACAACUCUGGCAACUCGCCGCCGAUGAUGCAUCUGAACACCAUGCAAACAAAUGCAUCCGGCGGGAUGUAUCCGACUCUGCCAGGGCCCUCAACAUCGCAAGGAUACACGCCGUCUAGCAUGGCGCCGACUUCAACCUUAGGAAGCCAGUUCGAGCAUGAACAACGACGACGAUACAGUGGUGGUCGCUUGCAAAAGGCUGCUCCUUCUUCUUUGAGCACUAAAAAACAAGAUGAUCCCAUGGACACCUCAUCUGACGGCGCUAGAACACCAAAGAAUGCUGUCACAUCCAGCUCUUCAUCAGAAGCUGGCCAGGCUGCAAAGUCACACGCUGCCCGCCGCCCAAACGACUUCUCUAACUCAAACCUCGAUCCCGCUCUAGGUGGCCCCACGUCUCCAAACGCUGGCGAAAUGUCCGAGGAGACUAUCAAGGCAAACGAAGCGUGGGUCAGCAAUGCUCGUACCAUCGAAGCUUUGCGAACGUGGAUACACAACAGACUAGAGCAGCACGAUUAUGAUGAUGACAGCAACGAGAUGGAUCACGAUCAGCGUAAAGAGGAGACAAAGUCAGAAAAGGAGAACCUCUAUCCGGUGCUAGAUCGGCGAAGCAGCGAAUGA